AUGAAGCUCACUUUUGUCCCUAUUGCCUUAGUUCUGUCCACGUUCACAACGAGCCAUGUGGUGCUUGGCCAGGGCAAGAUCCUCUCGGCGUCAAUGUUAUCGGGCAUGUUCUUUGGAACGAACACACCGGAAACUGCUGUUCCUGCAAAUGUUGCAGCAACCGUUGAAGCUGCAGUUGGAUCUGACGCUCCUUCCGGAGGAGAUGAACUCAGCGCUAGCGCGACAAGCGGUUCCGCGGAUCUGACUCCCAAAGCCGAGGUCGUGAGAGAACUUGCUGAACAAACACAGGGAGCCGAUUCUGGAGCGCCCGGACAAGAAGUACUGGCGAGCCAAACUGAUGCUCGAGCAGCCAAGGCCGAAGAGGCAACUGAGAAGAUCGUCGCAGCUGCCGGUGAAAACGCAGCACCCGCAGCAGCAGUCCCCAGUGAUGCAGCUGCUGUGGAGACGAAAACUUCAGCAACCAACAUGGAAAAACAACAACUUACCGAAGAGGAUGCCGCUAAGAAUUCGGAGCUUUUGCAAUCCGUCAGCGAGUCUGCUGAGACAUCUUGGAUCGCUAAAGUCAGCAAGGAUAGUGCCAUUGAAGCUCUUCUUCCACUUGUUGCCCUGACACCCGUCUUGGCGGCGGCAGGAUUCCAUGCUGACAUCGACGAAUCGACACCUGGAGCCCCCCUCGUUCGCUUCCCAAGUAUCGACUACGCCGUACACGUAGAAGACCUCAAAAACUACGCUUAA